ACGUGAAACAAAAAAGAAAAGAAAAGGGAAAGAAAUAAACUAGGGUUAAGGACAGUGCGAGAGCAUACCAAGAGAGAGAUUGUUUUAGUUUUAAUUUCCAGAGCAAAGAUCAUGUCUCACAUAGCUGUGGAGAGAAACAGGAGAAGGCAGAUGAAUGAACAUCUCAAGGUUUUGAGGUCCUUGACUCCAUGUUUCUACAUCAAGAGGGGAGAUCAAGCCUCUGUAAUAGGGGGAGUGAUUGAAUUCAUCAAGGAAUUGCACCAAGUUCUCCACACUUUGGAGUCCAAAAAACGAAGGAAGACUCUAAACCCUAGUCCAGGUCCCAGCCCCAGAUCACUGCAGCUCACUCCCCAGCAGCCUGACAGCCCUUUCCGGUUGACUGAAAAUAAUCUCAAGGAACUUGCAGCAUGCUGCAACUCUCCGGUUGCGAACGUAGAGGCGAAGAUCUCUGGCUCCAACGUCAUCUUGAAAACGAUUUCUCGGAGAAUCCCAGGUCAAGUUACCAGGAUCAUCAGUGUUCUAGAGAAACUUUCCUUUGAGAUUCUUCAUUUGAGCAUCAGUAGCAUGGAAGACACUGUUCUUUACUCCUUUGUCAUCAAGAUUGGGCUGGAGUGUCAGCUAAGUGUGGAGGAACUAGCAACUGAAGUUCAGAAAAGCUUCUGCUCCGAUGCAGUUUAUGUCAACGAGAUAUAGAAGAAGCUGAUUAUCACAUAGUCUACAUUAGAAUUAAAUUAACUAUAGCUCUGAGUUUUGUCACAUAUAUUUCGGUAAUUACCCAUGCCGACACGCUUGUGCUUCUUAAUUUCCCAAGA